GCGGGGCGGGGCGGCGCGGAGUCGCAGGUGAGCCUCCGAGUCCACUCGGCAGAGCGCCUGGGAGGGAGCCGACUGUAAGCAGCGGGCGAGAGGAUGCGUGCGUCAAAUGCGAGCUGGUUCUAAUGCGAGCUGCCAGUCCGGCUCCGAGCGUCAUGGCGACCGCAGCGUCUAACCACUACAGCAUCCUCACCUCCAGCGCAUCCAUCGUGCACUCGGAGCCCGGCAGCAUGCAGCAAGCCGCGGCUUACCGGGACGCGCAGAGCCUGUUGCAGAGCGACUACCAACUGCAGGGCAACGGCCACGCGCUGAGCCACGCUCACCAGUGGAUCGCCGCGCUGUCCCACGGCGAGACGGCCCCGUGGUCCUCGGAGCAGGACAUCAAACCGGCGGUGCAGAGCGCCCGGGACGACAUGCACAACUCCAGCAGCAACCUACAGCACCAAUCGCGGGCGCCGUCCCACCUGCCGGUGCACCAGACGGCGCACGGGGGGAACCACCACGACGCCCGGGCGUGGAGGACCACCACGGCGGCGCACAUCCCCAGCAUGGCGACCACCAACGGCCAGAGCUUGAUCUACUCGCAGCCGAGCUUCGGCGUCAACGGGCUGAUCCCGGGGCCGGGCGGCGGCCAGGGGCUGCACCACCACAACCUACGAGACCCUCACGAGGACCACCACAGCCCGCACCUGAGCGAGCACAGCCAUCCGACGUCUCAGCAGCAUCAGCACCAGCACGGCCCGAAUCACCACGACCACUCGGACGAGGACACGCCGACCUCGGACGACUUGGAGCAGUUCGCCAAACAGUUCAAGCAGCGGAGGAUCAAGCUAGGCUUCACGCAGGCGGACGUGGGGCUCGCCCUUGGGACCUUGUACGGGAAUGUGUUCUCCCAGACCACCAUUUGCAGGUUUGAGGCCCUGCAACUCAGCUUCAAAAACAUGUGCAAGCUGAAGCCUCUGUUGAACAAGUGGCUGGAGGAGGCGGACUCCACCUCGGGCAGCCCGACCAGUCUGGACAAAAUCGCCGCACAGGGCAGGAAAAGAAAAAAACGGACCUCGAUCGAGGUCAGCGUCAAGGGGGCUUUGGAAAGCCAUUUUUUGAAGUGCCCAAAGCCCGCAGCCUCGGAAAUAAUCUCCCUGGCGGACAGUCUGCACUUGGAGAAAGAAGUGGUGAGGGUUUGGUUUUGUAACAGGAGACAGAAGGAGAAACGGAUGACGCCUCCCGGAGGAGCUCUGCCGGGGAGCGAGGACGUGUACGGGGACACGCCGCCCCACCACGGGGUCCAGACCCCCGUGCAAUGAGCCCGCUCCGACGGGAUUUGGCCAAGAUUUUGACUUAUUAUCCCCGCCACGCGGUUAUAUAUAAAUCACUGGACUAUAAAACGAUAGUGGGUGUUUUAUGUAUGAUGAAUAGCACUGAGUACGGUCCCCAAAUCUGCAGCGAGAACGAGAGGAGAAGAGGGGGGACGGGACGACCCCUCUCUCAUCUCUCUUCCAGAGCUCAAGGAACAUCAACGUGUGUUCUCUUCUGUUCUGAGGAUACCAGCCGAGCACUGUGAGUCCAUUCGACGCAGUUUCAAGGUGUAGCCCCCCAUUGUGUCAUGGAAUUAUAGAACAGCAGAGGGAGGGGAGGGCACAAGGAUGCCGUUGUUUUCAACGCCAAACGCACGCAUCCGCUCUUCAACGGCAGAAUCUCUUCAACAACACUUUAUCCCCGUGUGUAAAAACAUUACGAUUACAAAAAAAUAACAAGGCAAAGGCGUUUUAGUUGCGUUAGCCCCAUGCAGCAGAGAUGCUCGCUGCUUGAUUGGAUGCUGGGGGCCACUAAAGAGUCGAGCUCAGGGUGAGCAUCUGUCAGCUUUGCAUUCAUUUUAUUGCGCCGAGACAGCAGGCCAUGCAGCUCCUAUAUUUAGGAUAUGAUAACUGAGGUCAGUCAGCGUUUCAUCAUCCAAAACAGACACGUGUCGAUGUAAUAAUUAAGAGAUUGAUGAUUAUAUUUGUGACUCAAACUCAUGGCCGUGGCUGUGAUGUGAUCAGCUAUCGUUAAUAAGAAGAUAAAGUCUUAUAAUGAAUCAAACCACCCCGCCUUUAUUGUCCUUUAGACUCCCAGCUUCCAAAAAGAAAGGACGGACUCUUGAUUUCUACAAUAAUCACAACAUUUGCAACCGCUUUUGUAAAUAAUGUACUCUAAAUGUCAUGGUUCCAUCUUUAUUUUAUUUUUUUCCACUGGGGCACUUUUUGAAAUAAUAUUCCAGAAAUAGAAUUUUUCAAAACCGGUUUCCUUCAUAAUCUACCUGCUGCCUUGUGUCUGUGUGUUAUUUAUCGCUCUCGCAUCCCCGAGUGCAUUUGCUAUAUUUUUUACGUCAUGUAAAUUCCGUUUAAAUCGUUUCAGGAGUUUGAUUCUCUCGCACUAUACUGUUGAAAAUUGUGAAUUCAAUUACAAAUUCGCACGUAUGCUUUAUGAACUCAAUUUUAGAUUAAAAACCAUUCGUGUUUUUAAGAGUUCACACAAAUCAAAGUCAGAGU